ACGUUUAAAAAUGUUUUGGAUUUUAUUACAAAUCUUUGUUAUUACAAUCCUAUAUAGGCUAUACACUUUAUUAUCGGAAAACAAUGAUUACUGGAAAAAGAAAAAUGUUCCAUAUCUGAAACCGAGCCUGCUUGUUGGUAACUUUAGUGAUUACAUAUUUUUUAAAAAGAGUGCUCAGUUGAUUACGAGUGAAAUAUGUGAAAAGUUCCCUGACGAGCCGUACGUCGGCGUAUUUUAUGGUACAAAACCAGCUCUCGUCAUCAAGGAUCCUAAAAUCUUAAAACUAGUGUUCACACAGGACUUUUAUUACUUCAACGGCAGAGAAAAUACAGACUACGUUGACAGAGAAACCAUUACGACAAAUUUAUUUUUUAAUGGAGGUGACCAUUGGAAAGUAUUACGACAGAAUUUAACGCCACUUUUUACAUCGGCAAAGUUAAAGAAUAUGUUCCUAAUGAUCAAUGAAUGUGCCGAGGAAUUGGACACGUUUCUCGAAGAAGAAAUAAAAGUAUCGGAGAAUAUUAACUUGAGGUCCUUGUUUGCUAGAUACGCGAUGGAGUGUAUUAUCAAUUGUAUAUUCGGUGUAAGAACAAAUGCCAUGAAGAGAGAUAAUGGUACGAAUCCGUUUGUCAUUGUAGGUGAACAAAUAUUCGACACAUCAACCGUGAUGGGUUUGAAAAUAAUUACGAGGAGUAUGUGGCCCUAUUUAUUUUACCGUUUGGGCUUUAAACUAUUCGAUGAAAAAAUUGGAUUUUUUUUUAACGACCUGUUUACCAAAGCUACUGAGAGUCGCUCUAAGGAUGGAAUUACGAGAAAUGAUUUUGUCGACCUUAUUUCGAGCUGGGAGAAAGAAAACUGUAUAAUUGGUGACAAAUUCAGUGAUGAAAAAUCUACUGGAAAUUCUACAGAAAAAAUCGAAGUAAACAAAGACCUACUUGUGGCACAGUGUACAUUAUUCUUUGCAGCUGGUUACGAAACAACAUCGACAACAACAAAUUUCAUUCUCUAUGAACUGGCAAAAAAUAAACAAGCGCAAGACAAGGUCAUAGAAGAAGUAGAUGCAUACUUUGAUAAACAUGGUGUUAUUAAAUACGAAUGUGUACACGAAUUGCCAUAUGUUGAAGCAUGUAUUGAAGAAACGCUUCGUCUUUAUCCAUUGUUGGGAGUCUUAACGAGGGAGGUGAUGAAUAACUAUACGCUUCCAACAGGUCUUCAACUAAAGAAAGGUGAUCGGGUCCACAUACCGGUUAGCCAUAUGCAUCAUCACCCGGACUACUUCCCGGAUCCUACGUCGUAUCGUCCUGAGCGAUUCUUUGGCGAUGAGAAAAAGAAAAUCAAACAAUAUACCUUUUUUCCUUUCGGUGAAGGUCCAAGAGUCUGUAUUGGUAUUCGAUUUGCAAGAAUGGUAAUGUAUGCAGGCCUUCUGACGAUCUUCAGGAAGUAUAGGGUCGAGAUGGCGGAGAACAUGCCGCUAACUUUGAACUUCAAGCCGGUUUCCCUAGCAACUCAAGCCUCAAUAAAUAUUUAUCUUAAAUUCAUACCUCGCGAGAAUUGAUAAAUUAAAAAUCCAGAUUUUUGUAUUUUAUAACAAUCAAAUUUUU